AGUUAGUCCUUACCCUACAGAAGAUAAGUGAUAUGACUCUUUUCUAUUAUAUAUCGCUUAGCGAAAUAUAUACAUAAUACAUCUACAUUGCUGUAUAAUAAUUAUCAAUUUCUGGAAUUCUUUAUUUCAACUUAUCUGGGUAACUGAAUCAUCAAAGAACCAACAUUAACACUUGAGCAAAAACCCUACUGAUAACUUAUCACUUGAGAUUGUGUGUAUCGAGGUAGAAAUUCUUUCCCAAUUCCCCGCCCCAGUUUGAUUGUGUGUUCAUUCAUCAUCAACCAGUCAGCCUUUCUUCAUCAAACGCUAAAACCAAGACAUGGCCACAAUUCCCGUGUUCAAUCCGAGCGUCCCCUUCCUGGGGGAAAUCCCCGGCGGCAUGGCGAUCGGCAAGAAGCUCCACAUUCGCGGCCAAAUCCUCACCCCGGAAGGUAUGUUCAACGUGAACGUCCAGUCGGGCGGGGCCGUGCAACCUCGUGACUACACACCGUUGCACAUAAGCAUCCGCAUCGCGGACCAGGUUGUGGUGCUAAACAGCUUCGAGAGGGGCGCCUGGCAGCAGGAGGAACGACACGGCGGACGACCGGUGAGGGAGGGGGAGGCUUUUGAGCUGACGAUUAAGGCGAAGGAGGGGUACUUCAAGGUUGAGAUUAACGGGAAGAAGGUCGGGAAAUUUGAACAUCGUUUGCCGGUGGAGAUGGCACGGUACGUUCACGUUGGCGAGGGAGCCGUGAUUGAAUCGAUAACGGAGAGUUGGUAAAAACGGGUUGGCGCU